CUUAUUUGUAUUGCAUUUUUUUUUUAAUUUCCUGAGGAUGUUCCCUUCUCAAUCUAGUACAUACGACAUCAAGUGUCCGAUUGUGGUCGACGGUGGAAUUUGUGGAGAAAAUAGCUCUCUCCACAUAAAUAAAGAGUUCAAACGUUUAUACGAAGAAAAAAUGCAAAGAAUUGAUCUCGAAGCAUCCGGUGACUGCUUUCAAGAAAAAAUUAAAUUGCAACAUGAGUGGAUAGAAAGUCUAACCCAACAGAAUGAAAUGCUCGUUCAGGUUAUUCAAGAACUUGAAUACCAGGCCACCGAGAGAGUCCGACUCCUUCAAGAGCAGCUGGAGACUAGUGCGCAGUGUUUGUGCGAGAAUCAAAAGUUAUUGCAAGAUAGGGAAAGAUCCAUUCAAGAAUACCAGCAAAAAGUCAAUUAUUUUAAUUCAUUUGGUGAUGUGGAAUGUAUUGCCAAUGAAUUGAAGUCCAAAGUCCAGGAAUGUGAUUCUCUAAAACAGAUGAUGCACAAUAUGAGCGGACGCAAUAUACAAUUACCCGAUAAAGAAGAUGGAAAACAUUCGAUAUAUAUAAAACAAGAUUGGAAACUGGAUUUUGAAAAUUUUGAUCAAAUGCGGGCUGUGCACAGUCUCUCGACCUCCAGCCUGAAAUCCUCCAAGAGUGACCGUGAGAUAAGACCGUCUCUAAGAAUAAACCAAAAUACUAAACGCGAAACCGGAAACAACACGCUGAUACUAAUAAACGCAGAUAAAAAAGUCACCUGCAGCACUUCGAGUGAGGCAGGCCACGAUAAUGUUUACAGUGGCACCCAUCAGACCAGCCACCCAAAAACACUACUUCCGAUGUGUAAAAGCGAGAGUGAGCUGAAACCGACCAAAGAAUGUUCAAAGGACAUCGAUUUAGGCAAAUACAAUAGUUUCAUUCGGGAGCUGCAUAGAGAUUCACGCGGUAGCGCAAUGGUUUCGAAAAAAGUUUCAGUGCCCAAUCAUAUACCGGUUAAGAUAUACGUCAAUAAUUUAGAAUGCAAUAAACCAUAUGAACAUUGA